AUGGUUAGGACCAGAGGAUUAGGUCGUGCCUUAGGUCACGUUACUGGCAGAGGUGUGGGCAGAGGAGAUCGUGAUGAUUCCGAUGAUGCUCCGCAGCGUCAACGGCCUACCGCAUCUGCACGGAGGCAACAAGUGCCUGUGACUGCAACGCACAAUGAGCCAGUGCUCCCUAUGCCAGAUGUAGAGGCUGACGAGCGUCCUGAGUUGAAGUUAUCCUCUCACGGGAGGAAGGUCCAUAGUUUGUCUGAUUGCGUAGACACUGGCGAUCAGGGACUUUUGUCCUCGUUUGUCGAGCGAUGGCACUGGGAGACGUCCAGUUUCCAUCUCCCUGUGGGAGAGGUGACAAUCACGCUGGACGAUGUCUCGUCGCUUUUGCAUAUGCCCGUGGUUGGCAACUUGCACGCCUUUCAGCCCUUGCACGUGGAUGAUGCGGUUCAGAUGCUGGUGGACUUAUUGAUGGUCUCUGCAGAGGCUGCCAGGGCUGAGACAGGGCAGUGUCGUGGACCGUACGUACGCCUACAAUGGUGCUGGAUAUACGAGCAUUUUCUCUCAGUCGCGGAGUUCACUGCUGAUCAGGACUACAACGAAAAAAGUGUUAACUCAACAAAAUGA